UUUGAUCUGUUUCACUGACUUAAAUCAAAUCUUGAUUCUUUGGCAUUUUCUCACCACUUCCCAUCUACCCCCAGAGAAUCAGCUGAAUCAAGAACUGAUUUUUAGAUUAUGUUUUCUUGAUUCUUUGAAAUGGGAACUUGAUUUUCAGUUUUCCAACUCAGAUGUUGUGUUCCUUUAGCUGGAAAACUUGAAAAAGGAAAGCCCAGAAUGAGAGGAAGUUUAGCUGGUGGACCACCUAGUCCUAUUGAACCUAGACAGAGGCUUUCUGUAUUCACUGAGGAAACAAGCAAAAGAAGGUUCUUGAGAAGUAAAGUUUUCAGAGAUGGGGAGAGAGCUCUUCAUAGUCCCACCAAAAACAGGAAUUUUACCUGCAAGUUCCCAACUGUGAAGCUUAUAUUGGGUGUUAUUGCUCUGGUUGCAAUUUGGUCACUCUGGCAUUCUCCAGCAAUUUAUAACACGGAAUACAUAUCUAGUUCAGGCUCUCGAGCUGCUUUGAUGCACAGAGAGUUAAGUGGUCAUUCUUCAGCUGAUCAACGUUAUACAUCACUUUUAGAUAUUGACUGGGACCAAAUUUCCCAAGUUAUUGAGAAACUGGCCGAUAGGCAUGAGUAUCAGGGCGUAGGGAUAUUAAACUUCAAUGACAGUGAAAUUGAUCAGUUGAAGGAGUUACUACCGGACGCUGAGCAUGUAAUCUUGAACCUGGAUCAUGUCCCGAAUAAUAUAACAUGGGAAACAAUAUAUCCUGAAUGGAUAGAUGAAGAAGAAGAAUUUGAGGUCCCCACUUGUCCUUCUCUGCCCAAAAUUCAGUUUCCGGGUAAACCAAGGAUUGAUCUCAUAGUUGUAAAGCUUCCAUGCAAGAAGUCUAAGGACUGGUAUAGAGAUGUAGCUCGUUUUCACUUGCAGCUGGCAGCAGCAAGGCUGGUUGCCAGUAAUAAAGGGUAUCAUCCAAUACAUGUGCUUCUGGUUACUGAGCAUUUCCCAACCCCCAAUCUGUUCACCUGUAAAGAGUUAGUUGUACGUGAAGGCAAUGCAUGGCUAUAUGAACCUAAUCUGAACACUUUAAGAGAGAAGCUCCACCUCCCUGUUGGGUCAUGUGAACUUGCAGUUCCUCUCAAGGCUAAAGCAAAUUGGCACUCUGGAAAUGUAAGAAGAGAAGCCUAUGCAACUAUUCUCCACUCAGCAAAUUUUUAUGUAUGUGGAGCCAUAGCUGCAGCACAGAGUAUUCGCUUAGCUGGUUCAACCCGAGAUCUUGUGAUACUUGUUGAUGAGACUAUCAGUGACUACCACAGGGGUGGUUUAGAGGCUGCCGGAUGGAAGAUCCACACGAUAAAGAGAAUAAGGAAUCCUAAAGCUGAACAGGAUGCCUACAAUGAGUGGAACUAUAGCAAAUUUCGUCUCUGGCAGCUGACAGAUUAUGACAAAAUCAUCUUCAUUGAUGCGGAUUUGUUGAUACUGAGAAAUAUUGAUUUUCUCUUUGAGAUGCCUGAAAUAACUGCAAUAGGAAAUAAUGCAACACUUUUUAAUUCAGGCGUGAUGGUCGUUGAACCAUCAAAUUGCACAUUUCAGCUGUUGAUGGAUCAUAUCAAUGAGAUUGAAUCAUACAAUGGUGGGGAUCAGGGGUAUUUGAACGAAAUAUUCACCUGGUGGCAUAGGAUCCCAAAACACAUGAACUUUUUGAAACAUUAUUGGGAAGGUGAUGAGGAGGAGAAGAAGCAAAUGAAAACACGUCUUUUUGGUGCUGAUCCUCCAGUUCUCUAUGUUCUGCACUACUUAGGCUUGAAACCUUGGUUAUGCUUCAGGGACUACGAUUGCAACUGGAAUGUGGGUAAGUUGCAGGAGUUUGCAAGUGAUGUGGCACACAGGACGUGGUGGAAGGUCCAUGAUGCCAUGCCAGAUAACUUACAUAAAUAUUGUUUGCUUAGGUCUAAACAGAAGGCUGCAUUAGAGUGGGAUCGAAGAGAAGCUGAGAAAGCUAACUAUUCAGAUGGUCAUUGGAAGAUCAAAAUAAAGGACCCACGUUUGGAGACUUGUUUUGAAGAAUUUUGCUUCUGGGAAAGCAUGUUAUGGCACUGGGGCGAAACAAACUGGACAGAUAAUGCAACCUCUUCACCAACACCUCCCAUGGUCAAUACUGCUUCACUUUCUUCUUUGUAACUAGGAGGUUCUGUUACUAUACCUCGCUAGUCUGUAAGUAAUACAGAGUCACAACUUGAAUGUCAACCAAUGCCAUUAGUA